AUGGCAAGCAUCCCGCCGACGAACAGGCCGAUGGCGAGGAAAGCAAGGAUGAGCGCAGCGGUGCCAUUUGCGGAGAAGGACGGAGCGCCGCCAGAUCCCGACGAGGAGGAGGAAGAGGAGGAGGAAGAGGCAGAACUUGAAGUCGUGCUCGUCGUUGCGGAUGUCGUGACCGCCGUCGACAUUGCGGACCUAGUUGCGGACGGGCCAACCGCCAUGACGUAUUCAGCGACGUAUCUGCCGUCUAACGCGCCCGACCACACGCAGGACGGUCAGUAUGGCACCAACCAAUGCGGAACUCAGUCAAGCCAGGACUCUCUCUGCCAGAACGCGUACCUAAACUCGGUGGACGACUUCUGCGUCUACGCACCUCCAUAUUCGGGUUCAAACGCAACUAUCGGGGAUACAGAACGCGUUGAAGUCUCCUGGUGCUUACGGGAUGGCUACGGGACGCGUUUGAUUCCGGAUGGCACCAUCACCGGCGCGCACUUCGUCCAGACACCCGACUACAUUCAGAUCACCGGCGUCGGCGACCUGACGAAGCUGAACAUCCCCGCGGGCGACAGUGGUGGCGAGCUGGAUCCUCAUGGCGCUGACGGGAACGGAAACCCUAUCGGAGGUCUCGUGUUCUCGAACGCGUUCGGGCAACUCCAGCAGUUGCAUGAAUGGACAAACUACAUGUCUUCCACGGAGUUCUGCUUCCGGGCGUGCAAACCGGGUCCGGACGCGACGACGUACUGUCAACACAUCUACGACGUCAUGGGCUGCGAGUGGAACAUGCCUAGCGACUACGAUGCUGGUGUCUUCGAUCGCUGCGCGGGCGACAGCGGGGAGCCCAUGGGAGUGUACGGCACGUCAACCUGGAGGCAAGGCCGGUCGACGACUCCUUCAGCUCACCCGGCGCCUGCCACGUCAAUGUGCACCACGUACUCGUCCGUGAACAACAGCGUUCUCAUGGCGCGCAACCUCUCUGCGAACGCGACCUAUGCAAGUGCGACCGCUACGAACAGCUCUGCGACGCCCACCCUGACGCCGGUGACGAACUCGACGCAAGUAUCCGCAACGCCGCUACCCACCGCAACACACAUGACCAUCCCGGCGAGCAGCACCCCAAGCGCGACUGGCUACUCGAGGAAAGCAAGUGGGACUAUCGGCCGUGCUCACGUCGACGCUCUCUGGCAACUGCUCGUGGUCCUCGUGGCUGCUCUCGUCGGCAUGUCGUUCUGCUUCUGAGCUGGCUCGGGCUGGGACUUGGAAUAGAUCGGCUGGAGGCUCUGGACUGGACUCACUACUUAGCGCUGGCGCUGGCUUCACGGGCUCUAUCUGGGCAAGAUGUCGAUGAACAACCUACGACCACAACCCGCACUGCUCGGGACAUACUACGAAGAACAGGACUCACGGUGGACACGAGGGCAUUGACAUGACUAUAAGCAUGCAUAGGAAUGUUCUUGACUGUACACUCAUAACUCGUUACGGGACGCACUGCGCUGCAUGAUCAUCGUUGUAUACAUUGCUAUUCCUCGAUAUCUGCUCAUAGUCUCGUGCACCUUGUGAACGCGGGACAGUGUGAAGGGAAG